AUGGAGGACGCGGAAAUUGCAGCAGAUGCAGGCGAUGCGGCUGAGGAGGUGGUGGUUGUGGAGAUUGGAGAGAACGAGUUGAGCGCACAGGAGGGAGGGAAGGAGGAGGCAGAGAAGGAGGAGGAAGAGGAGGAAGAGGAGGAGGAGGUUGAUGUGGAGAUUGAAGGGGAUGAAUUGCGCGUAGAAAUGGAGGACGAUGCGGUGAGCAUGGAUAUAACGGAGGAGGAGGUAGAGGAAAGCAUGCACGCGGGCGUAGCUGCAGUAGGCGCGUUCGUUGGCUGGCAUCCCGUGGAAGCGGGCGGAAGGGGCGUUUCCGCCCCGCGCGGGGCUCGCAGCGGAGGGGAAGGCGCGGGGGAAAGCGCGGAGGGUUUGCGCGGGGCGGAGGGGCCCCGGACUCCCGACGGGUGGUUUGGUGAAUCAGCGCUGGUAGGCGCGCGGGAUGGGGACCGGGGGGGCGAUAGCGCGGAGGAUGGUUCGGAAAUUAGAGCAGCGGUAGGCGGAAGGGAUAGCGCAGCGGAUGCGGAAGAGGGUCGCGCACGAGGGGAAGGGGAAGGGGAAGGGGGGAAGGGGAGGCGGCGAGCGGGCCGCAAGUCGGUGGGGAGGGGUAGGGUGGGGCAGGGGAGAAGGAGAACCGGGAAGGGCGCGGGAGAUUCAGCUAGGACGGGCAUGGAAGGUGGGUGUGGAACCCCGGGCAACGAGCAGGGGCGGUCGGGGGUAGCAGAACCGCAGGCAGGUGGUACGUUCCAGGGGGAGAAGGACGAGAAGCAACACACGGGCGGACGGUCAACGAGGAAAGAAGUGCGAACGAGGGGUCAAGCGCGGUUGGCAGUGGUUAUAGCGGAUGCGUUGGAUAAAGGGAGGGCUGCGGGGACAGCUGGAGCAGCAGCGAAAUUGAGGAAGGAGAGGAGGGAGAGUGCGAAGAGGGGAGAGAGGGCGGAGAGGGCUGAGAGGAGGAGCAAGGCCAAGGCUCGAGAUGUCUUGUGGGUGAAACGGCAGAGCUUAGAACGAGGGGCUAAGGUCGGUGCGAAUACAGGGGCGAAAGGAGGCGCGAAAGGAGGGGCGAAAGCAGGGGCGAGAGGACGACCUGCGAAAGGGAGGAAAGCGAAGUCGAAGGAAGGAGAGGUGGGGGGAGGGGCUACGGCAGAAGGGAGGGGGGCGAGGGCGGGGAAGGGGAGGCCAGGGAGGAGAGUGACAGGUGAGGCAAAGGUCAAGGGGGUUGUGGGAGGGAACGGUGGUGACGUGGAAGCUAUGAAAAAAAUAAAGGGCAGAAGAAUUGCAUGUGAGGAGAAGGGUGAGGGGAAUGCGGGAGGGAGCGACAGUGAAGAGUUGGGGGAUUGUGGGGCGGAGUGUGGGAGUGAGGACGAUUGCGGGGAUGAGGAAGAGUGUGGGGUGGAGGAGAUGUGGGGAUGUGAGGUGGAGAGUGGUGCGGAGGGAGCGUGUGGUGUGGAAGAGGAAUGCGGUGCAGUGGAAGAGGCGUGGGGGAAUGAGGCGGGGUGUGAGAGGGAGGAGAGAGGGGACCAGACAUGCGGCAUGACUGUGACUCCUGAAUUUAUGAAGACGCGUUUACAGAAGGGGCUGAGAGGAGGGGUGAGGGGCGGCGGGCAGAGGAAGGAAGGGGUUGGGCAGCCAAGUGGGGUGACUCCUGAGUUUAUGAAGACGCGUUUGAGGAAGGGGCAGAGAGGGAGGAAGGAAGAGGUUGGCCGGCCGAAUGGGGUGACUGCUGAGUUUAUGAAAACGCGUUUACAGAAGGGGCGCAGAGGAGGGGUGAGGGACGAAGGGCGCAGGGAGGAAGAGGCUGAUCCGUCUGGUAGUGCGAGUCCGGAUGUGGUGGAGGUGCCUCUAAUGGGGCAUGGGGUGGAGGUGCCUCUAAUGGGGCAUGGGGUGGAGGUGCCUCUGAUGGAACAUGGGGGGCCCAUGGUGGGGCAUGGGGUGGAGGUAGAGCAUGGUAGGCCGUGUGGUGGGGCUUCUGCUGAGGGGUCUCAGGAGGGAAGGCUUAGGCCGUGUGGUGGGGCUUCUGCUGAGGGGUCUCAGGAGGGAAGGCUUAGGCCGUGUGGUGGGGCUUCUGCUGAGGGGUCUCAGGAGGGAAGGCUUAGGCCGUGUGGUGGGGCUUCUGCUGAGGGGUCUCAGGAGGGAAGGCUUAGGCCGUGUGGUGGGGCUUCUGCUGAGGGGUCUCAGGAGGGAAGGCUUAGGCCGUGUGGUGGGGCUUCUGCUGAGGGGUCUCAGGAGGGAAGGCUUAGGCCGUGUGGUGGGGCUUCUGCUGAGGGGUCUCAGGAGGGAAGGCUUAGGCCGUGUGGUGGGGCUUCUGCUGAGGGGUCUCAGGAGGGAAGGCUUAGGCCGUGUGGUGGGGCUUCUGCUGAGGGGUCUCAGGAGGGAAGGCUUAGGCCGUGUGGUGGGGCUUCUGCUGAGGGGUCUCAGGAGGGAAGGCUUAGGCCGUGUGGUGGGGCUUCUGCUGAGGGGUCUCAGGAGGGAAGGCUUAGGCCGUGUGGUGGGGCUUCUGCUGAGGGGUCUCAGGAGGGAAGGCUUAGGCCGUGUGGUGGGGCUUCUGCUGAGGGGUCUCAGGAGGGAAGGCUUAGGCCGUGUGGUGGGGCUUCUGCUGAGGGGUCUCAGGAGGGAAGGCUUAGGCCGUGUGGUGGGGCUUCUGCUGAGGGGUCUCAGGAGGGAAGGCUUAGGCCGUGUGGUGGGGCUUCUGCUGAGGGGUCUCAGGAGGGAAGGCUUAGGCCGUGUGGUGGGCUUCUGCUGAGGGGUCUCAGGAGGGAAGGCUUAGGCCGUGUGGGGUCUCAGGAGGGAAGGCGUAGGCCGUGUGGUGGGGCUUCUGCUGAGGGGUCUCAGGAGGGAAGGCUUAGGCCGUGUGGUGGGGCUUCUGCUGAGGGGUCUCAGGAGGGAAGGCUUAGGCCGUGUGGUGGGGCUUCUGCUGAGGGGUCUCAGGAGGGAAGGCUUAGGCCGUGUGGUGGGGCUUCUGCUGAGGGGUCUCAGGAGGGAAGGCUUAGGCCGUGUGGUGGGGCUUCUGCUGAGGGGUCUCAGGAGGGAAGGCUUAGGCCGUGUGGUGGGGCUUCUGCUGAGGGGUCUCAGGAGGGAAGGCUUAGGCCGUGUGGUGGGGCUUCUGCUGAGGGGUCUCAGGAGGGAAGGCUUAGGCCGUGUGGUGGGGCUUCUGCUGAGGGGUCUCAGGAGGGAAGGCUUAGGCCGUGUGGUGGGGCUUCUGCUGAGGGGUCUCAGGAGGGAAGGCUUAGGCCGUGUGGUGGGGCUUCUGCUGAGGGGUCUCAGGAGGGAAGGCUUAGGCCGUGUGGUGGGGCUUCUGCUGAGGGGUCUCAGGAGGGAAGGCGUAGGCCGUGUGGUGGGGCUUCUGCUGAGGGGUCUCAGGAGGGAAGGCUUAGGCCGUGUGGUGGGGCUUCUGCUGAGGGGUCUCAGGAGGGAAGGCUUAGGCCGUGUGGUGGGGCUUCUGCUGAGGGGUCUCAGGAGGGAAGGCUUAGGCCGUGUGGUGGGGCUUCUGCUGAGGGGUCUCAGGAGGGAAGGCUUAGGCCGUGUGGUGGGGCUUCUGCUGAGGGGUCUCAGGAGGGAAGGCUUAGGCCGUGUGGUGGGGCUUCUGCUGAGGGGUCUCAGGAGGGAAGGCUUAGGCCGUGUGGUGGGGCUUCUGCUGAGGGGUCUCAGGAGGGAAGGCUUAGGCCGUGUGGUGGGGCUUCUGCUGAGGGGUCUCAGGAGGGAAGGCUUAGGCCGUGUGGUGGGGCUUCUGCUGAGGGGUCUCAGGAGGGAAGGCUUAGGCCGUGUGGUGGGGCUUCUGCUGAGGGGUCUCAGGAGGGAAGGCGUAGGCCGUGUGGUGGGGCUUCUGCUGAGGGGUCUCAGGAGGGAAGGCUUAGGCCGUGUGGUGGGGCUUCUGCUGAGGGGUCUCAGGAGGGAAGGCUUAGGCCGUGUGGUGGGGCUUCUGCUGAGGGGUCUCAGGAGGGAAGGCUUAGGCCGUGUGGUGGGGCUUCUGCUGAGGGGUCUCAGGAGGGAAGGCUUAGGCCGUGUGGUGGGGCUUCUGCUGAGGGGUCUCAGGAGGGAAGGCGUAGGCCGUGUGGUGGGGCUUCUGCUGAGGGGUCUCAGGAGGGAAGGCGUAGGCCGUGUGGUGGGGCUUCUGCUGAGGGGUCUCAGGAGGGAAGGCUUAGGCCGUGUGGUGGGGCUUCUGCUGAGGGGUCUCAGGAGGGAAGGCGUAGGCCGUGUGGUGGGGCUUCUGCUGAGGGGUCUCAGGAGGGAAGGCUUAGGCCGUGUGGUGGGGCUUCUGCUGAGGGGUCUCAGGAGGGAAGGCUUAGGCCGUGUGGUGGGGCUUCUGCUGAGGGGUCUCAGGAGGGAAGGCGUAGGCCGUGUGGUGGGGCUUCUGCUGAGGGGUCUCAGGAGGGAAGGCGUAGGCCGUGUGGUGGGGCUUCUGCUGAGGGGUCUCAGGAGGGAAGGCUUAGGCCGUGUGGUGGGGCUUCUGCUGAGGGGUCUCAGGAGGGAAGGCGUAGGCCGUGUGGUGGGGCUUCUGCUGAGGGGUCUCAGGAGGGAAGGCUUAGGCCGUGUGGUGGGGCUUCUGCUGAGGGGUCUCAGGAGGGAAGGCGUAGGCCGUGUGGUGGGGCUUCUGCUGAGGGGUCUCAGGAGAGAAGGCUUAGGCCGUGUGGUGGGGCUUCUGCUGAGGGGUCUCAGGAGGGAAGGCUUAGGCCGUGUGGUGGGGCUUCUGCUGAGGGGUCUCAGGAGGGAAGGCUUAGGCCGUGUGGUGGGGCUUCUGCUGAGGGGUCUCAGGAGGGAAGGCUUAGGCCGUGUGGUGGGGCUUCUGCUGAGGGGUCUCAGGAGGGAAGGCUUAGGCCGUGUGGUGGGGCUUCUGCUGAGGGGUCUCAGGAGGGAAGGCUUAGGCCGUGUGGUGGGGCUUCUGCUGAGGGGUCUCAGGAGGGAAGGCUUAGGCCGUGUGGUGGGGCUUCUGCUGAGGGGUCUCAGGAGGGAAGGCUUAGGCCGUGUGGUGGGGCUUCUGCUGAGGGGUCUCAGGAGGGAAGGCUUAGGCCGUGUGGUGGGGCUUCUGCUGAGGGGUCUCAGGAGGGAAGGCUUAGGCCGUGUGGUGGGGCUUCUGCUGAGGGGUCUCAGGAGGGAAGGCUUAGGCCGUGUGGUGGGGCUUCUGCUGAGGGGUCUCAGGAGGGAAGGCGUAGGCCGUGUGGUGGGGCUUCUGCUGAGGGGUCUCAGGAGGGAAGGCUUAGGCCGUGUGGUGGGGCUUCUGCUGAGGGGUCUCAGGAGGGAAGGCUUAGGCCGUGUGGUGGGGCUUCUGCUGAGGGGUCUCAGGAGGGAAGGCUUAGGCCGUGUGGUGGGGCUUCUGCUGAGGGGUCUCAGGAGGGAAGGCUUAGGCCGUGUGGUGGGGCUUCUGCUGAGGGGUCUCAGGAGGGAAGGCGUAGGCCGUGUGGUGGGGCUUCUGCUGAGGGGUCUCAGGAGGGAAGGCUUAGGCCGUGUGGUGGGGCUUCUGCUGAGGGGUCUCAGGAGGGAAGGCUUAGGCCGUGUGGUGGGGCUUCUGCUGAGGGGUCUCAGGAGGGAAGGCUUAGGCCGUGUGGUGGGGCUUCUGCUGAGGGGUCUCAGGAGGGAAGGCUUAGGCCGUGUGGUGGGGCUUCUGCUGAGGGGUCUCAGGAGGGAAGGCGUAGGCCGUGUGGUGGGGCUUCUGCUGAGGGGUCUCAGGAGGGAAGGCGUAGGCCGUGUGGUGGGGCUUCUGCUGAGGGGUCUCAGGAGGGAAGGCGUAGGCCGUGUGGUGGGGCUUCUGCUGAGGGGUCUCAGGAGGGAAGGCGUAGGCCGUGUGGUGGGGCUUCUGCUGAGGGGUCUCAGGAGGGAAGGCGUAGGCCGUGUGGUGGGGCUUCUGCUGAGGGGUCUCAGGAGGGAAGGCUUAGGCCGUGUGGUGGGGCUUCUGCUGAGGGGUCUCAGGAGGGAAGGCUUAGGCCGUGUGGUGGGGCUUCUGCUGAGGGGUCUCAGGAGGGAAGGCUUAGGCCGUGUGGUGGGGCUUCUGCUGAGGGGUCUCAGGAGGGAAGGCUUAGGCCGUGUGGUGGGGCUUCUGCUGAGGGGUCUCAGGAGGGAAGGCUUAGGCCGUGUGGUGGGGCUUCUGCUGAGGGGUCUCAGGAGGGAAGGCGUAGGCCGUGUGGUGGGGCUUCUGCUGAGGGGUCUCAGGAGGGAAGGCUUAGGCCGUGUGGUGGGGCUUCUGCUGAGGGGUCUCAGGAGGGAAGGCUUAGGCCGUGUGGUGGGGCUUCUGCUGAGGGGUCUCAGGAGGGAAGGCUUAGGCCGUGUGGUGGGGCUUCUGCUGAGGGGUCUCAGGAGGGAAGGCUUAGGCCGUGUGGUGGGGCUUCUGCUGAGGGGUCUCAGGAGGGAAGGCUUAGGCCGUGUGGUGGGGCUUCUGCUGAGGGGUCUCAGGAGGGAAGGCUUAGGCCGUGUGGUGGGGCUUCUGCUGAGGGGUCUCAGGAGGGAAGGCUUAGGCCGUGUGGUGGGGCUUCUGCUGAGGGGUCUCAGGAGGGAAGGCGUAGGCCGUGUGGUGGGGCUUCUGCUGAGGGGUCUCAGGAGGGAAGGCUUAGGCCGUGUGGUGGGGCUUCUGCUGAGGGGUCUCAGGAGGGAAGGCUUAGGCCGUGUGGUGGGGCUUCUGCUGAGGGGUCUCAGGAGGGAAGGCUUAGGCCGUGUGGUGGGGCUUCUGCUGAGGGGUCUCAGGAGGGAAGGCUUAGGCCGUGUGGUGGGGCUUCUGCUGAGGGGUCUCAGGAGGGAAGGCUUAGGCCGUGUGGUGGGGCUUCUGCUGAGGGGUCUCAGGAGGGAAGGCUUAGGCCGUGUGGUGGGGCUUCUGCUGAGGGGUCUCAGGAGGGAAGGCUUAGGCCGUGUGGUGGGGCUUCUGCUGAGGGGUCUCAGGAGGGAAGGCUUAGGCCGUGUGGUGGGGCUUCUGCUGAGGGGUCUCAGGAGGGAAGGCGUAGGCCGUGUGGUGGGGCUUCUGCUGAGGGGUCUCAGGAGGGAAGGCUUAGGCCGUGUGGUGGGGCUUCUGCUGAGGGGUCUCAGGAGGGAAGGCGUAGGCCGUGUGGUGGGGCUUCUGCUGAGGGGUCUCAGGAGGGAAGGCGUAGGCCGUGUGGUGGGGCUUCUGCUGAGGGGUCUCAGGAGGGAAGGCUUAGGCCGUGUGGUGGGGCUUCUGCUGAGGGGUCUCAGGAGGGAAGGCUUAGGCCGUGUGGUGGGGCUUCUGCUGAGGGGUCUCAGGAGGGAAAGCGUAGGCCGUGUGGUGGGGCUUCUGCUGAGGGGUCUCAGGAGGGAAGGCUUAGGCCGUGUGGUGGGGCUUCUGCUGAGGGGUCUCAGGAGGGAAGGCUUAGGCCGUGUGGUGGGGCUUCUGCUGAGGGGUCUCAGGAGGGAAGGCUUAGGCCGUGUGGUGGGGCUUCUGCUGAGGGGUCUCAGGAGGGAAGGCGUAGGCCGUGUGGUGGGGCUUCUGCUGAGGGGUCUCAGGAGGGAAGGCUUAGGCCGUGUGGUGGGGCUUCUGCUGAGGGGUCUCAAGAGGGAAGGCUUAGGCCGUGUGGUGGGGCUUCUGCUGAGGGGUCUCAGGAGGGAAGGCUUAGGCCGUGUGGUGGGGCUUCUGCUGAGGGGUCUCAGGAGGGAAGGCGUAGGCCGUGUGGUGGGGCUUCUGCUGAGGGGUCUCAGGAGGGAAGGCUUAGGCCGUGUGGUGGGGCUUCUGCUGAGGGGUCUCAGGAGGGAAGGCUUAGGCCGUGUGGUGGGGCUUCUGCUGAGGGGUCUCAGGAGGGAAGGCUUAGGCCGUGUGGUGGGGCUUCUGCUGAGGGGUCUCAGGAGGGAAGGCGUAGGCCGUGUGGUGGGGCUUCUGCUGAGGGGUCUCAGGAGGGAAGGCUUAGGCCGUGUGGUGGGGCUUCUGCUGAGGGGUCUCAGGAGGGAAGGCUUAGGCCGUGUGGUGGGGCUUCUGCUGAGGGGUCUCAGGAGGGAAGGCGUAGGCCGUGUGGUGGGGCUUCUGCUGAGGGGUCUCAGGAGGGAAGGCUUAGGCCGUGUGGUGGGGCUUCUGCUGAGGGGUCUCAGGAGGGAAGGCUUAGGCCGUGUGGUGGGGCUUCUGCUGAGGGGUCUCAGGAGGGAAGGCGUAGGCCGUGUGGUGGGGCUUCUGCUGAGGGGUCUCAGGAGGGAAGGCUUAGGCCGUGUGGUGGGGCUUCUGCUGAGGGGUCUCAGGAGGGAAGGCUUAGGCCGUGUGGUGGGGCUUCUGCUGAGGGGUCUCAGGAGGGAAGGCGUAGGCCGUGUGGUGGGGCUUCUGCUGAGGGGUCUCAGGAGGGAAGGCUUAGGCCGUGUGGUGGGGCUUCUGCUGAGGGGUCUCAGGAGGGAAGGCUUAGGCCGUGUGGUGGGGCUUCUGCUGAGGGGUCUCAGGAGGGAAGGCUUAGGUCGUGUGGUGGGGCUUCUGCUGAGGGGUCUCAGGAGGGAAGGCUUAGGCCGUGUGGUGGGGCUUCUGCUGAGGGGUCUCAGGAGGGAAGGCUUAGGCCGUGUGGUGGGGCUUCUGCUGAGGGGUCUCAGGAGGGAAGGCUUAGGCCGUGUGGUGGGGCUUCUGCUGAGGGGUCUCAGGAGGGAAGGCUUAGGCCGUGUGGUGGGGCUUCUGCUGAGGGGUCUCAGGAGGGAAGGCGUAGGCCGUGUGGUGGGGCUUCUGCUGAGGGGUCUCAGGAGGGAAGGCUUAGGCCGUGUGGUGGGGCUUCUGCUGAGGGGUCUCAGGAGGGAAGGCUUAGGCCGUGUGGUGGGGCUUCUGCUGAGGGGUCUCAGGAGGGAAGGCGUAGGCCGUGUGGUGGGGCUUCUGCUGAGGGGUCUCAGGAGGGAAGGCUUAGGCCGUGUGGUGGGGCUUCUGCUGAGGGGUCUCAGGAGGGAAGGCUUAGGCCGUGUGGUGGGGCUUCUGCUGAGGGGUCUCAGGAGGGAAGGCGUAGGCCGUGUGGUGGGGCUUCUGCUGAGGGGUCUCAGGAGGGAAGGCGUAGGCCGUGUGGUGGGGCUUCUGCUGAGGGGUCUCAGGAGGGAAGGCGUAGGCCGUGUGGUGGGGCUUCUGCUGAGGGGUCUCAGGAGGGAAGGCGUAGGCCGUGUGGUGGGGCUUCUGCUGAGGGGUCUCAGGAGGGAAGGCGUAGGCCGUGUGGUGGGGCUUCUGCUGAGGGGUCUCAGGAGGGAAGGCGUAGGCCGUGUGGUGGGGCUUCUGCUGAGGGGUCUCAGGAGGAAAGGCGUAGGCCGUGUGGUGGGGCUUCUGCUGAGGGGUCUCAGGAGGGAAGGCUUAGGCCGUGUGGUGGGGCUUCUGCUGAGGGGUCUCAGGAGGGAAGGCGUAGGCCGUGUGGUGGGGCUUCUGCUGAGGGGUCUCAGGAGGGAAGGCGUAGGCCGUGUGGUGGGGCUUCUGCUGAGGGGUCUCAGGAGGGAAGGCGUAGGCCGUGUGGUGGGGCUUCUGCUGAGGGGUCUCAGGAGGGAAGGCUUAGGCCGUGUGGUGGGGCUUCUGCUGAGGGGUCUCAGGAGGGAAGGCUUAGGCCGUGUGGUGGGGCUGUACGGGGAGGGAGGAAGCGGAAGCGGGCAGGGGUGAGGGUGGGAGAGGCGGAGGGUGCGGAUGUGGGGUUUGCAGGUGGGGAGGAAGAAGCAUGUAGACUCGUUGGUGCAUGGGAUGAGUCUCCUUUGAAUAGUUCCCCACGUGGGAGUGCAGGAUAUGCAGGGACUGCAGUGGGAGUAGUGGGAGCAGUGAUGGUGGGGGAAGCCGAGGGCGCAGAUGGGGGGGUUGCAGCUGGUGAGGAGGAAGCAUGUAGGCGCGUGGAUGCAAGAGAUGCAUUUCCUUCAAAUGAUGCUCCGUGUGGGGCUGCAGGGGCGUCAGUCACUGCAGGGAGAGCAGUGGGAGCAGAGGAAGCAGUGAGGGGGGAAGUGGGAGCAGUGGGUGUAGUGAGGGCAGUGAGAGAACUAAGGGCAGUGAGAGAAGUGAGGGCAGGGACUGGACCUGCAGCAGCAACAACUGCUGCUGCAUUUGGGAGUCCCAUUGGUGUGGCUUCGCCUGAUAAUGUCACACGGUCUGCCAAUGCUGACACUGCUGCCAACGCGACCAAUGCUACUCCCGACUCGCCACUACCUGCCACACCUCCCCGUGCCUCCUCGCUUCCCCAACGCUCCACUGCUGCUGGUGCUGCCACUGCUGCCAACGCUACCAACGCUACCAACGCGGCCAAUGCACCAUCCCCCAGCGUGCGAGCUCCUUCCCACUCGCCACUACCUGCCACACCUCCUCGUGCUGCCUCACGUCGUCGCUGCUCCACUCCUCCCCCUCCGCCUGCCACCGCCCCCCACCGACUGUCCCACCCACCUUCUCACCCGCCUCCCCACCCACUUUCGCACCAGCCUUCCCACAAAGGCAGCAAGAACUUGUUACACUCCCGGAAACCCAGCCGUGCGGCUUCUCACAUGAAUACCCCAGCUGGAGGGGGUGCUUCCAACUCUAGACCUCCCAGACCCGCCACCAUUGGCCCUGGCAUUGUAGUGGAAUACUCAAGGAGUGGUGCGAAUCCCCUCAAACUCUCAUUCCUGCCGCACACCUCACUCUCCUUCCCACCAGCCGUCUCGCUCUCCUUCCUGCCACCCUCCGCAUCUCGUCGCCCGCGCUUCCGUCCCCUGGCCUACUGGCUGCAUGAGAGAAUUUUCAGUCCAGUGGAUGUGGAGCGACCUUCUGUCUUGCUUGGACUGCAGCCAACCACACGUGCAGAGGAGUUGAAGAUGAUCAGGAAGGCCUUGCUUGGGGAUUUGAUUCGCGAUGGGGAGGAGCAAGAGGGAAUGGAAGAGCAGGGUGGAGCGGAAGAGCAGGAGGAAGGGGAAGGGAAUGGCGCAGAGAGGGAUGGAUCGAGGGAGGUGGGUGAGAAGCAGAAGAGCAAGAGGAGGCGGAAAGGGCAAGAAGAAGAAGUUGUUCAGGCGGGGGGUGUGGGUGAUACGGCUGGAGAGGCACAUGGGGAGAGAGCAGUGGCCUCUGAGUUGGCCCGGAAGUCGCCUAGGGGGAAAGGGAGGUGUGCUCAAGGGGAAGGGGGGGUUGAGACGGAGGAUGUGGGUGCUACGGCUGGAGAGGCACAUGGGGAGAGAGCAGCGGCUUCUUUAUCGGCCCGGAAGUCGCCUAGGGGGAGGAAGGGUUGCGGGCGAGGGGGGGUUGAGGCGGGGGGUGUGGGUGCCUCGGCUGGGAUGACAGGUGUGGGGAGAGCAGUGGCUACUGAAUCGGCCCAGAAGUCGAAGUCGCCUAGGGGGAGGGGAAGGUGUGCUCAAGGGGUGGAUGACGAGGAGGGAGUGGGUGCUUUGGUUGGAAGGACAGGUGGGGAAGGAGCGGUGGCUACUGAAUUGGCCCUAAAGUCGCCUAGGGGGAGGGAGAGGUUUGCUCAAGCGGGGGUUGAGGCGGAAGGUGUUGCUGCAAAGACAGGGGCGGGGAAAGCAGUGGCCUCUGAAUCACCUCGAAAGUCGCGUAGAGGGAGGGGGAGGUGUGCCCAAGUUGGGGUCGAAGCAGAGGGUUUGGUUAAUUCUGCUCGAAAGGGAGGGGCGGGGAGAGUGGUGGCUACUGAAGCAACUCGAAAGGCUGCCAAGACUGCUGCUCUGGCUCGGAUGUGCCGAACCUCGAGGCCUGGGCAGAAGGGGAGAGUAGGUGUGGGUGGGGAGGAGGGGAGAGUGGGGGCGGCUGGUGUGGGGGAUGUGGGGAGGGUUGAGGAGGGGAAUGGAGGACUGGGUGGGAGUGGGGGAGGGGCGGAGCAAGAGGGGGGGAAAAGCAAGGGAAAAGGGGAUGGGGAAGCGAAGGGGAAAGCGAAUGGGGAUGCGAACGGGAGGGCGAAUGUUCUUAAAAGAAAGAGAGUUGAGGUGCAGGAAAUGGAAAGGAGGAGUGUGAGAGUGACCAGAUCGAUGGCUAGGAUUGCUCGAGGGGAUAAUGGGGAUGUGGGGAACGGGGGAAGGAAGGGGAAGGGACUAGAGAAGGGGAAGGGGGAAGGGAAGGGGAAGGGGGAAGGGAAGGGGGAAGGGAAGGGGGAAGGGAAGGGGAAGGGGGGAAGGAAGGGGAAGGAGGUGGGGAAGGGGAAGGAUGAUUCGCCUCCCCCACCCUCCCCUCUUCCCUCUGUCAACAUCUCCGAAUCAACUCGCAAUCGCCCCUCUGCUUCAACCUCCGCCUCUGCUUCUGCCACUGCCGCUGCCGCUGCUGGUAACCCUAUGGCUUCACCGUCCCACGCCCCUAGAAACCGGGCCAAUCAGAACCACCGCGGUCAGAACCACCCCUCUCAAGAUGAUCCCCCUGAAAGCCCCGUCUCUGCUCCUGCUUUCGCUCCUGGCGCCGCUCCUGCCCUGGAUCACAUGGGGUGGACGGCGGGUCAAGUGAGAGCGUACCACGAGGCCAUGAGUGCUGUGAAUCCGCAUGAAAGCGGGUUCUGGGAGAGGGUGGCGCUGUGGGUGACUGGGAAGACGGCGACUGAGUGCUUUAACCGGCACCAUGAGCAGUUUCCGACCCCGCCGAGACGGAGGGAAAGGCAGAGGCGGUUGAUUGGAGGGGGUGUGAGGGGGGAGGAGGAGGGGCGGCAGGAGGAGCAGGGGCAGGAGCAACAGCAGCGAGGGGUGCCGGUUGGGGAGUCAUCCCAUGCUGCGUUUGUUGCUGCUUGUGUCGGGAUUGGGCCUCGGGGAGGUGCGGAUGGUGCAGGGGAAGGCGGGGAGGGGUUGGAAGGGGUGGAGAUGGGUGAGAUUGAGAUUUGUAGGGGGGAGAGCCGCAGUGCGGCGAGGAAUAGAGGGAGACUGGUGGGCGAUUGUGCUGAAGCAGGGGCGAUUGUGGUUGGGGGAAAGGGGAAGGCCGUUGUGGGGAAGGAAAUAGCAGCCAUGGGGGCAGGCGGUGCCAGCAGCGCAGUCACGCCUACCCCAAUCCCCUGCCCUCCCACUUCCCCACCCCCUUCUCUCCAUGCACAGGUGGUGCAAGCAGCGCAGUCACGCCACAAGGAUGAUUUCACACAGCAUGACGAGCAGAUCAGCACCAUGUCUGCUGUCGCCCCCCUUUGCUUCUGCUGCUGCUUCACCCCCCUUGCUGCUGCUUCACCCCCUUCACCCCCCUCUCCUCUCACAGGCGUACUGGCAGCGCAGUCACGCCACAAGGACGAUUUCACGCAGCAUGAUGAGGAAAUCAGCGGUUCCCUGUCGUACCCUCACUUCCCCACUAUCCCAUCACAGGCGGUGCAAGCAGUGCAGUGCCAGCACAAGGACGACUUCACACAGCAUGACGAGCAGAUCAGCGCUGUUGCUUCUGUCGCACUUCCCUUCUCCCAUUCCUCCAACCUCUGCCCCUCUUUCUCUCUGCAUCCCACUCACACUCACAGGCGGGAUGGUGGUGAUGGCGGUGGGGGGAUGAGGAGGCUGGGGUGUGGGGCGUGGGAGGUUCGUGGAUGGGAUGAGGAGGACGAGGAGGAGGACGAGGAGGACGAGGAGGAGGAUGGGGAGGAAGAAGAGGAAGGGUGGGUGGGACGCAUUGAGGGAGGUGGAGGGGAAGGAGGAGGUGGGGCAAUUGGAGAUGAAGGGGGAGGGAGGGAGCAGUUGGAGUAUGGGGAGGGAAGUGAAGAGGAGGAUGAGGAGGAUGAAAUGGAAGAGGAAGUGGAGGUUGAAGAGGAAGAUUAA